CGCGCCCCGCGGCUCGUGUGACCGGAGCGGCGGGAGUCGGUCCGCGCCCGUCUGGGAGGCCCUGAGCCCGCACCGCCACCGGCACCGCCGGCCGCGGACGUGGGGAGGGACGGACGGAGGGAGGGAGGCAGACAGGGAGGCGAGGGGGCCUCCCGGGUGUCCGGCACCAUGAGCAUCGAGAUCCCGCCGGGCCUCACCGAGCUGCUGCAGGGCUACACGGUGGAGGUGCUGCGGCACCGGCCGUCCGACCUGCUGGGCUUCGCCGCCGAGUACUUCGCCCGCCUGCGGGAUGCCCGCGACCAGGAGGCGGGCGGCGGCCGCAGGGUGGUCAGUUUCGACGGGGAGCCCAUGCAGACCGAGUCCAACGGCGACGAGGAGCCCGACCGUGGUGACGACGACUCCGACUCCGACUUCGAGCCUCCAGUUGUUAACCGAUACAACAGAAGAGUAUCAGUUUGUGCUGAAGCUUUCAAUCCAGAUGAAGAGGAAGAAGAUACAGAACAAAGGGUAGUUCAUCCAAAAACUGAUGAACAGCGAUGCAGACUGCAGGAAGCCUGUAAAGAUAUCCUGCUCUUCAAAAACCUAGAUCAGGAGCAGCUGUCUCAGGUCCUUGAUGCCAUGUUUGAGAGGAAGGUGAAACCUCAGGAACAUGUGAUUGACCAAGGUGAUGAUGGAGAUAACUUCUAUGUCGUUGAGCGAGGAUUGUAUGAUAUUUUUGUAGCAAAAGACAACCAGUCUCGCUGCGUGGGCCGCUACGAUAAUCACGGCAGUUUUGGGGAGCUGGCGUUGAUGUACAACACUCCUAGAGCUGCCACCAUUGUUGCCACAACAGAAGGAGCCCUUUGGGGACUGGAUCGAGUGACAUUCAGAAGAAUUAUACUGAAAAACAACGCAAAGAAGAGGAAGACGUAUGAAUUAUUUAUUGAGUCUGUGCCCCUUCUUAAAUCCUUGGAGGCGUCAGAGCGAAUGAAGAUAGUGGAUGUUAUAGGAGAGAAGGUGUAUCAAGAUGGGGAACGUAUAAUUUCUCAGGGUGACAAAGCAGACUGUUUUUACAUUGUAGAAUCUGGAGAAGUAAAAAUCUUGAUUAAAAGCAAGACUAUGACGAGUAAAGAAGCUAAUCAAGAAGUGGAGAUUGCCCGGUGUCACAGAGGGCAGUAUUUUGGAGAGCUUGCACUUGUUACCAACAAACCCAGAGCAGCCUCUGCCUAUGCUGUUGGGGAGGUCAAAUGUUUAGUCAUGGAUGUGCAAGCAUUUGAGAGGUUGCUUGGACCCUGCAUGGACAUUAUGAAGAGGAAUAUAACACAUUACGAGGAGCAACUGGUGGCAAUGUUUGGCUCUAGCAUGGACCUGAUGGAUCCAGGGAAUUAGGCACAGGGUACCUCAAUGCCUUCUUAGUUCAAGACACAGAAAAGCCUCCUAUCAGCAACACAACUCACAAGGACAACGGACACUACGGAACAGUUACUGCUGCUGUUUUCUUGGGCAUUUUAGAAACCAUAAACAAGUCUCAGCACAGAUGGAUUGCUCACUCCUCCCUGCCUCCACUUUGCUGCUGAUACUUCAUUAUUAGACCUAGAUUAAAGAUGAUUCUAACCCUAUGUUCACUUACUUGGUUCAGAAUGGCGUCUGUCCAGCAGUUCAAGUGCCUGAUACGAAACCCAAAGUGUACAAGACACAGAAGCCUCCUUCCUUCUGGGUGUUACUGUUGGGGUAAAUUGUCCCUUCAGAUUCUGUAGUGGGAGGUUGCCUGUUCUGCAGAAGCAGCCUUUGGAAUACAAGCCUUUUAUGGGCUGAUUACCUUCAUCUGAUGCUUUCCUUACACAAUGUCAAAUUUGCUUUUAAUUGUAGCAUCUGGGUUUGAAGUUAAAGUAUCAAUGGAGCCAAUGAAUAAGAUGGCACUGAAGUUUUGGUCCACCUGCUGAAAGCAGCAGGUAAUAAAUAUAGAGAACUCUUUAAACCAAGUAAACUGAGCUGGGGACAUGGGAGAGUCUGCUUAGCAACCAGAUGCAGAAAACGUAUUUUUAGUGUUUUCUGAGCAGCAAAGAAAAUUGGUUUACUCUAUGCUGUCCAACAAAGUGCAGUGGUUCAGAUCAAAUGGCCUGAAUGUGUCAUAAUUGUUAUCUCCCCACAUUUGCUCCUUGUUUCUGACACUGAGUACAUUUUGUGGUGGUGAGAUAACAAUAUAUGACCUUCUCUUGCUUACAGAGAUCCUUUAUACUGCUACGUUUCCCAGGGUGCAGUUGUUGACUGGGUCAGUUUUAAAGCUUUUUAAGGAGGUGAAUGUUUUGUAAUUUAAAUGAAGACCACUUCUGUACUUGUUUACAGGAGCUUCCCCUAGUCCUAACAUUUCACAGUAUUUUAACUUCAUUAGACACUUGAAUGCUUCCAAAUACCACAUUGAUUUGCUAAAGUUUUCAAAAGUUGGCAACAUUUGACUUUGUAAAGCAAAUGUCUUUUGCUAACUAUGCAGUUGGUGUGUUUGAGGAGUCUUUUUGGUUUAGGUGAUAACUAAGCUAAUGAUGUUUAUCUAAAAUACCUGUUAAAUUUGCAGCAUUUAUUAGGUAGAUUCUGUUUCUAUAGCUUUAAGGACCUUAAUUGGCAUAUGGCUGAGAUUUUAUCAGGGUAUUAUCUAAAUAAGAACCAGACCAUGAGAAGGACAUUUUUAUGGUGUUCAAACAGACUAUAUAUAUUAAGACAUAGAAUUUGGAGAUAAUAAAUCUAGUGACCCUUUGAGUUUGCAUUCUUCUACAGCUCAUGCAAAACAUAUCGGUGUUUUAUGGGGUUAUAAAAUUUUAAUAGUGAAUACUAGUGUAACAGAACUUGCUCUUUUUAUUCAUGGCCAUGUAAGCAAGAAUGGAAGGAUGCUAAUCUUGAAUUCCUGCUUUCAGUUAUCACAGUGGACAUUUCUCUAAGGCAUGAGAUGCUUAGCAGCAACUCUAAGUUGAUUUCUGGACAGUUUUUUCCCCAUAGUGGAUGAGCUCCUCCCAUUUCCUGCAAUAUGAGUAAGAUGGAAAGUUGAUAAAUUUGAAUGACUGUUGUCCAGUUACUGUAAUUGCAGUCAUAUUUUUAUAUAAUGCAAAUGAUUUGUAAUGGACACCACUGAACUUGGUGUUUCCAUAUUAUUAAAGUUCUGGUUGUGAUGUCUA